UUGUUGACAAAUCUGCCAAAUUUUCUGACACAAAUCGGACAUAAACAUUUUUCUCAGCAAAAUCUCAAAAAACAUGAAUUUAUAAUAGAACUAAAAAUGUGGUUUUAUACGGGACGCGAUGGCCAAAGAUAAAACGAAACCCAAAAAGCACCACCAACAUCACAAAAGCAAAGAAAGGAAAAAUAAGGACGACGAAUUUCGGAAAGACCCAACACCGAAAGCAUCAAAGACCAAACACGAAAAAGAGAAAAAAAAUAAAAAGGAGAAGCAGUCUGAAUGCCACACAAGUAAGAACUUGCCGAAGCCUCCAUACCCGUUUUCUAGCAGUUGUCGCUGCUCCCACCACUUACCUCGGUCAUUCCCGUACAAAGAAUUCCCACCACCUGCGCCACCUGAAGGCGGACGAGACCUCUGGGAUCUCCAGUUUUGUCGCUGGUGGGGCUGGAAUUGGGUGCGCAAGCGGGAAUCUAUGAUGGUCGCUCAGAAAACCAAGACCUACGAAGAGAAAACGGCGGCAAUCGAGCCCAAAAAGUCUUGCCUGGCAAAGUGCAGGGGAACCACCGAAGAUGAAUUUAUCAGGGCCGACAUGAAGUUGAAAAAAGCGUCUUUUAUAUCUGAUCCCCAAAUUCAAAGUGCGCCUGCGUUGUCCGCCAAGGAACAGUUCAAAGAUAUGUGCAAGUGCCUGUUUGGCAAGAAGAGUGCACCACCUGCAGUCGCCAAGAUGUACAAAACUCCUUCUGCUAGUAAAGUGUACUUAAAGAAUGAAGAAAAUAGUGAUUUGGAUAGUGACAGUUUAGAUGAAAAAAUAUCCGUAAAGGAAACCGUCUCCAGACAUACCAAAGAAAAAUCGUCGAAGGGUAAAGGUUCUGGCAAGUCUAAGGAGAACAAACGGGAAAAGCACCCCCACAGUAAUGAAGAAAGGGUUAAAACUUGGCGCAAAGAUAACUUUGAAACAGAAUCAACCCCUUCUUACUCAGAAGCUUGUUCAUAUAAGAACGUGCCGUGUUCGCAACAAACUCAACCAUCGCAACCUCAUAAUCAAUCUCAACAGAUUAAAAAAUCCUCAAAAUCCUCUAAAAAAGAGAUUAAAGAAUGCAAAGAGUCAAGCACAGAAGACAGCAUGGAAUAUCUCACCUUCAGACUCCACCACAUCCGUGAUAAUUGCCCGUGCAAUUCUGAACAACCAGAAAAACUUCAGAUUUUUAUGGCGGAAGCGCCCUCUUGUUGCCUUGGCCUGGAAAAAGAAAUUUUACCUCAAGUUACCACACCAUACGCUCCCACCACGGAAGUAACCCAAGUAGUUGCCUCAACUUCGGCCCAUAUCCCAGAAAAACUGUCAAGCACUUCAUCGAAGGCAAUUUCACCAGAGCCUAAUGUUCAGGAGGGCUAUUGUCAGUCCACUUGCCUUGGACUGAUGGACCACGAAGUCUGGGCAGAAACAGAGGAAACUAUCAAGGUUUGCCAAGAAACCCAGACCCCAGACAUUCUUGAAGGAGAGAAGUGUUGCGGAACCCCUGCUACUCAGGUGCACCAAGAUAGAUUGCAAAACCUUCACAAUGUCUCUUAUAAUUCUUCCUCAUACACGGAGAAACUGAUCAAAGUAAAGAGCAAAAGACAGAAAACAAUUUGUAUAAUGGUCUGCUGUUGCGGGAGUUGUAACCAGGCUGCAACCAAAAAUCUUGCUCUGCCCAAAUUAAAUGAUGAAGAAACUUCUAAGAAGUGCAAAUUUCCGCCUCAAGAAGGUUGUAUAAAAAAAGAGGACAGAUGCUCGUGUGUUCCAUGUCCCAAGCAGUGCUGGUUAAAUAAUAAGAAAGACACGAAAUCUGACCAGUCUAGCCUAAGUGGAAAAGUCAGAAAUCAAACCAUAGACACCUCUAUAACAACAAACUAUACCCAGGAUUCGCGGAUCCCCAAAAAGGACGAUCCGAACAUAUUAAAUGAUUCUUUACAGAUUACUGAUGAUAUAUCAGCCCUCUUUGCUUCCACUGCCCUCAGCAACAAAAAACUUUCAAAAUUUGGUACUCCUUCGAAAAAAUAUCCCUGGAUGGACAGUUUAACUUCUGCGGGGACCACUACUUCUCUGGAUAACAUGGGCUACCACAACUCUCUUUUAAAUGACAUUUUGGAAAGGGAUUCAAUUCCAUUCAGAAUUGGCCCAGAAAAACGUUCAACUGAAGACAGAGUAAUAUUGGAAGCAAUGUGUGACGCCAUAUUGCAAGAGCAGGUAGAUAACAUGUACACUUAUCUAGAUAAAGAUUUUUCUAGUUAUAAGGAGCUUGGGGUAGAUUGCAACAUGAAGACAUGUACCAGAGAUGCCUUUAGUGGCUCCAGCAACUUUACAGUUGAUAAACCCAUAGAGCUCAAUAAUUUUGACAACACCAUCAGUACCUUUAUGGAUACUAUUUUUUCAGAGUCUGGCCAUGUAACACCUACUUGUAAAGAUAGUAAAGAAAUGACUUGCACAACGUAUGAUCGAUAUGAAUAUGUUCCAAAGCCAGUUCAAUUCACGAAAACUGGAUUGUUGCCUCAGGAAGUGAAGAGAGCUCCGAAGCGCCCGCUGGAGUUAAAGGAGAACGAAAGCAAGAAAAAGUUGAAACAAGAGGAGCUGAUGACCGACGCAAAGAAGGAAAGCGAACGCAUGAACAAUAUCUUAAAUCAAAUUGAGCUGAUAGUCAAUAAAAGCAAAGAAAAGUCAGCGGAAAUUAAAAAAUUAUUGAGCUACGUCCCGCAGCCGACUGACCUGGACCUAAACGAAGAUACCAAGAAGAGAUGCUACUCAAUGUCUUCGGAUAACUUUAAGGGAGCCAUAUGCCAACCUUUGCUCACGCCAAAAGUUUCCGAAGAAUCCGAAGAAGUGAGUCGAAUAACGACCCUAAACCAAGGCAAUAUGAACCUAAACAGUUCGGAAUCCAACGCCACUGUUAGUAAAAAGAUUUCCAAAUUGUCUGUACAAAAUUUCAUGGUUUGCGAUGAGAAACCGAGAAUGGGGGCGAAUUUGCAGCUGUUGGGGACCUCUGGGGCCAAAGGUGGCAAGAAAAUAGUUAAUCGGUCCUUGUCGUUAAUCCCUGUAUUAAAAUCGAGCGGUACGAGGACUAACGAAUAAAUUAAAAUUAUUUAUUUGAA